AGCAACGUAGACCACGUGCCAGUGUCUAGUGAGAGGGAAGUGCCGCCGGGAACUAAAGCGUAGCCGUGUCCGUGCCGCCGCGCCGCCGUGGAUGACAACAGGAUGUCGCGUCGCCUGUGCGGAUGCAGAUAGUGGUGCCAUGUAGUGAGCGAGCUGUAAUGCCGCUGUACCGUGAUUUCAAGUGAACCAUGCCACACGUCUCGUCCAGUGGCGGAGAUGAUCUCGGAAGCACCGAUGAGGUUAAGGUGUUCAAGGACGAGGGCGACGGGGAGGACGAGAAGAGGUCCUCGGAGAACCUCACCGAGGAGAAGAGCAGCCUUAUCGACCUCACCGAGUCGGAGGAAAAAUCCGGAAGUGGAAGUUACAAUUCUACCAGCAAAAAUGUGCAACGGCCUGACCACAGUCCCGUCUUCGGCAAGGUCGAACCCGGCCCUCAUUCAUCAUCCUUCAACAUGGGAUACCUCGUUUCCCCCUACAGCUACGCCAAUGGAGCGGCUGGACCCAUCCCCGUGUCUAUGUUUCUCCCGAAUUUUAACAUAACGGAUAAAUUCCAGGAUUUCCAUCCGCCGAAUUAUGAACCCAGAACGCAGAAGAGUGGUGAUACUCCCAAGAAGCGACUUCAAAGAGGAGAUAACAUGAUCGGAUGGCGGCGACAUUGA